AUUUUUUCGGCAACGUGUCGAAUCCUGAGGAGUUUGGGUUUGCUAGUCAGUACCUUUUCUUAUUUCCCAUAUCCUGUCAAUAUUCUGAUGGGGGUAUUUUAUGGGAUAGAAGACUAAUUAUUUCAUGUGUUGUGCAGAGGGCCAGGUCCAACCUUUCUGGCUUGAUACGUCGGAUGGAGAGAAAUUGUUCUGCUGGCAUGUUCUGCCGCUGGAUGUUUAUCUACAACAUGAGAGUGAGCUUGUGACGGGUGGGACGACGGGGGAGGUUGCUGAGGAGCUGAAGGGGACGGUUGGGGCGAGGUUGUUGGGUAAGGAUGAGGGGGGGAGGGUUGUGGUUAAUUUUCAUGGGAACGCGGGCCAUAUCGCUCAGGGACACCGCCCCUCGACUUACCGCUCCAUCUCAGGCAUCCCUCACACUCAUCUGAUCACCUGCGACUACCGGGGGUUUGGACUAUCUACCCUCAAAAACGCCCCUCACAUCCCCACCGAAACAGGAAUAAUAACCGACGCCAUCUCCCUCCUCACCUACAUCGAAACCACCCUCCAGCACCCGCAGUCCCGCACCGUCCUACUCGGCCAAAGCCUCGGCACAGCCGUAACAGCCGCGAGCGCGCUCUGGGCCGCCGACGCAACAUCCUCCAGCCUCCCUCCAAGCCUCCAAGCCGCAAAAUCCACCCCUCAAUCCAGCCAAGGAUUCGCCGGCCUCGUCCUCGUCGCACCCUUCACAGACCUAAAAUCGCUCCUGCAAACCUACAAAGUCUUCGGCAUCUUCCCCGUCCUACGCCCCCUACGCGGCUACCCCCGCAUCGCAAACUACCUCGCAACCAAGAUCGUCGACGAGUGGCCCACGCUCGCGCGCCUGAAAGCCCUACUCGCUUCUCCCGUGCACAGGAUCAGACUGACGAUCCUGCACGCGCGCAACGACCAGGAUAUUGAUUUCCGCGAGUCCGAGGCGCUGUAUGCGCCGCUGCAGAGUGGGAUGCUGGCGGGUGAGGGGGCGAGCACGACGGAGGAGCGGAGGAGUAUUCAUGGGGGUGAGCGCGUGAGGAGGGGCGCUUUUGCGUAUAAUAAGGCGGAGAGUGCGGGCGGGGACAGGGUGGUGGAGUUGGAGGUGCUGAGGUAUGGGGGGCAUAAUGCUGUGGUGGGGUGGUCGCAGGUUAGUCUUGCGGUUAGGCGGGCGUUUGAGAGUGUGUGAUGGUGUGUAUGUGAUGGGGAUGUGUUGUAUUAUCGCUGUAUUUGGUAUAUCAUGUUGAGUAGUAUUUUGGUGGUGUUAUCUGGCUGUCGUGUCUCGAGUCAGUACUGCGAU